CAGCCGGGUUUUUAUUUUUCUUGUGGUGGCACAGACCACCUGCCAGUGUCACCUGCCGUCACCUGGCAAACCCCACUUUAGCAAGGCUGGGAGAGGCUGAUGCUCCACAAACCCCUUUUCCCUGUCCCACGCCCUGAUCUCUGCCUCAUCACUUGGUCGAAGUGCCUGUCCCUGUCCCAGUUCCCGUUCGUGGGACGGCCGUGACUCAUCGGGAGGCGGGUGAGAGCAUCUCGCCUUGAGCGGCGGCCGGGGGGGAUAAGAGCGAGGCCACCCUCGCCUCCCUCUCCCGUCGCCCGCUCCCAUGCUCGCCCGCGCUGCGCCCAAGCCGGGUGCCUUACGGGGAUGUCCCCAAGCCCUGGGCAGGGGAUGUUGCAGGACUCAGGGGACUGCCACCCCUGUCCCGCCGACUCCUCGCCCGUUUAACCAGCUGCCCGGUGACUGGCGAGCCGGCUGGCUCAACCUCUAUCGCUUCUGGCAGGAGGGGGGUUUGCACAAUGUCCAUCACAUCAUGGCGCGCAAGUUCCAGCAGUUUGGGCCCAUUUACAGGGAGAAGCUGGGUGUCAAUGAGACUGUGAACAUCAUCAGUCCCCGGGACGCUGCCACCCUCUUCCAGGCGGAGGGGACGCUGCCGGAGCGGUUCCGUGUCCCCCCGUGGGUGGCUUAUCGCGACUACCGCAACAAGCCCUACGGUGUGCUACUCAAGAAGGGGGAGGCCUGGCGCUCGGACCGCCUGCUGCUGAACAAGGAGGUGCUGUCGCCGCAGGCGGUGGAGAGCUUCGUGCCGCUGCUCAGCGCCGUGGGCGAGGACUUUGUGCGGCGGGCACGAGCACAGGUGGGGCAGAGCGGGCGGGAGCGCUGGACAGCCGACUUCACCCAUGAGCUCUUCCGCUUCGCCCUGGAGUCCGUGUGCCACGUGCUGUAUGGGGAGCGGCUGGGGCUGCUGCAGGACUUUGUGGACCCUGAGGCGCAGCGCUUCAUCGACGCCGUCACCCUCAUGUUCCACACCACCUCGCCCAUGCUCUACCUGCCGCCUGCCCUCCUCCGCCACCUCAACACCAAGACCUGGCGGGACCACGUCUGGGCCUGGGAUGCCAUCUUCUCCCAGGCGGACAAAUGCAUACAAAACGUCUACCGGGACCUGCGACUGCAGCGCAAGAGCACCACGGAGUACAUGGGCAUCCUCUGCAGCCUCAUCAUGCAGGACAAGCUGCCCCUGGAUGACAUCAGGGCCAGCGUCACCGAGAUGAUGGCGGGCGGGGUGGACACGACCUCCAUGACACUGCAGUGGGCCAUGUUCGAGCUGGCGCGGUCCCCCGGCGUGCAGGAGCAGCUGCGGGCAGAGGUCCUGGCCGCCAAGCGGGAGGCAGCAGGGGACAGGGUGAAGAUGCUGAAAACCAUCCGCUUGCUCAAAGCUGCCAUCAAGGAGACGCUCAGGCUGCACCCGGUGGCGGUGACCCUGCAGAGGUACACCACGCAGGAGGUCAUCCUCCACGACUACCGCAUCCCCCCCAAGACGCUGGUGCAGGUGGGUCUCUACGCCAUGGGCCGGGACGCUGAGGUCUUCCCCAAGCCGGAGCAGUUCAGCCCGCAGCGCUGGCUGGCAGCCGGCCCCAAGCACUUCCAGGGGCUGAGCUUCGGGUUCGGCCCCCGGCAGUGCCUGGGCCGCCGCAUCGCCGAGCUGGAGAUGCAGCUCUUCCUCAUGCACAUCCUGGAGAACUUCAAGAUCGAAACUAUGCGAGCGGUGGAAGUCGGGACUAAGUUUGAUCUCAUCCUGAUCCCGGACAAACCCAUCUACCUGACCUUACGGCCGCUCGAGUCCCAGGCGUGAGAGGCCCAAUCCGGGGCGACCCCCAGCUGCUUUCGCUUUGGGGGACACCCCAACAGCCCGGCAGGCGCUUUCGGCUCCUCACAGCCCCAGGGGGUGAUUUUGGGGACAGCUGGGAUGCUUUCACGGCCACAGCCUUGGCUUGGCACAUCCUGGCCUUCGCUCCAGCCCGCUUAAGGCUGUGCUUACACCACGAGGGAGAUAAACCGGAGCCUCACCAAGGGGAUGCGGGGUGGGUGCUGCUGUACCCCUCCAGCUGUUUGGGGGUCCCCAGGUCACCCCCAAAGGGUGACACCAGGGACCACGGUGACGCUCCCUCGAUGCCCUCUAACGUUUUUGCUUCGCCUCUGAUUUACUCUGUAAUUUCAUCUCGCGAAAAAAAGCACCAGGUCCUUUUGGCAGCA